CUCAAUCAGUAACAAAAUCAUUGGUUCGUCCAUUAAUCCAACAAGGACUUGCCAACGGUGAUCCUGAUAUGGAUGCAAUAUACCGAUUGACUCGUAGUUAUCGUCACAAACGUAUUAAUAUUGAAUUCGGUAAACUACCACCGGUAGCAAUUCCUGCAGGCUUAUUAGUACCAUUUAACAGCCAAAAUACUUUAUUUCAUUACGAUUCAUUUUGGGCUUUAUGGCUGCCGACAACAACAAAUUUUCGUGUUUGCGAUAUUUGGCGAGGAUAUUUUGCGCAAAGACUGUUGUGGGAAAUUGAGUCAUCAUUAACGUUCCAUCCGGCUUCAGUAUUUCAGGAUAGAAAUCCACAUAAUUAUCUGUUUGAUUUCAUCGAUGAAUUACCAUUGUAUGAGGAUGCAGAGCGGUUGAUCGAUUUUUUGAGGCAAUGGAAAUGCAGUACAGGAGGUUCGUAUAAAUUCGGUAGUCGUCAAUGUACUCAAUUUUUUGAUCGAAUCUACUGGUUAGCCAUUGAUAUGGUUGAACAAAAAUUUUGGAAAAUGAAAGAUGUUUGGUUAUGUACAAGAUAUUUGACUGAUUUAAUUUCUCUUGGAUAUCAGACUGACCAUUUAAAUUUGAAUCAAAAAGAGUGGACAUUAUACCAGAUCAAAGAGGAAAACUCCACUCAGUUUUUUCCGCAACAAUCAAGUCCACUUCUAACACAAUCAUUGAAAGAUAAUACUUGCACAUCCCGUGUUGCCGUUUGUGUUAGUGGUCAACCUCGGACGCUAAACAUGACACUUCCUGUUUCUCUUAGCGUGAUAAGAUAUGCUCCAACGUUGUAUAAUUCAGGACCAAUUAAGACGCAUAUAGAUUCUAACCUUACCAAUGCCGACAAUAUCCAAGCAUUUUUGUUUGAGAAUUUACCAGCGUUUGAUGUUUUUAUGUAUGUAUCAACAACUGAAAAUCAUCCACGAUUACCGCGCGUAGGUGAUACAUCCGUAUGCGAACUAUUGCGGCCGAAACUUGUUUCAAAUAAAUUGUUAUGUGAGAUUCCUAUCGCUGAAACAGGGAUUCCUACAGCAACUGGAUGGAAUGAAACAAUGCAACAGAAUGCGUAA